GAGUGCUACAGAGAGUAGGACUCUAUGUGAGAGGGCAUUUCUGCCACCUAGAGGCCAAAUUAGAUACGGUACACGUCAUCAGUGCGCGACGUAGCGUGCAGGACUGUGAAGGACGCCAGCGAGAAGCUUGGGGAUGAAAUAAGUCAAAUAUAAAGCUCUGUCAGGAGGACGUUGUUAUGAUGGCGGUGUCCUGUCUAACCCGAGCUCUGCGCUCCCUGACCGUGUCCCAGCCUGCCCUGCUCUCCGCGCAGGCAGUCACACAGACUAAGCUGGGCAGUCUGGUGCCCUGCACAGGCGGACAGUGCCGAGGCUUCCUCACCACAGCCUCCCUGGAUCAGAACAGGACACGAUGGAAGCAGACGGAGAAGUACACCAUCAAGCCUAUAGGGAUGAAGAAGACCGGAGGCAGAGAUCACACAGGGAAGAUACGGACACACGGCAUCGGUGGGGGCCACAAACAAAAAUACCGGAUGAUCGACUUCCAGAGACUGCGCUACGAGUCAGACAGAGAGCCCAAACCUUUUGAAGAGAAGGUUGUUGAAGUGCGAUACGACCCGUGCAGGUCUGCUGACAUUGCGCUGGUAGCUGGAGGCAACCGGAAAAGAUGGAUUAUUGCCACAGAGAGCAUGCAGAGUGGCGACAUCAUUAAAACAUCUGGAGUUAUUGGACGUAUGGCAGUCUCAGCCAAUGAGGGUGAUGCAUACCCACUGGGAGCUCUCCCUGUGGGGACACUAGUGAACAACCUGGAGAUACAACCAGGGAAGGGAUCCGAGUAUAUUCGUGCUGCAGGCACAAGCGGCGUUUUGCUCCGUAAAGUAAACGGAACAGCAAUCGUUCAGCUUCCAUCGAAGCAGCAAGUUCAGGUGCUGGAGACCUGCGUGGUCACAGUGGGACGCGUGUCCAACAUCGACCACAAUAAACAAAUCAUUGGAAAAGCUGGUCGCAAUCGCUGGCUCGGCAUUCGUCCGUCGAGCGGCUUGUGGCAGAGAAAGGGAGGCUGGGCAGGACGCAAGAUUAAACCGCUGCCUCCGAUGAAGAAUUACGUCAACCUGCCCUCAAUCUCAAACACGACAUGAGUCUGGACAUGUCUGGGAUUGAUGUCCCUCGCUCAUAAUCGCCAUGUACUAUUAUUUUUGUCCUCGCAAUGCAAUUUAAUCAACUGUUCGGAGAGAAGACAUGAAUAAAGACGAGCUGUUUGUACAGAAGAUUAAAAAUUUUUAUUAAACACAA